AGAAUGUCAAGGAGAAAAAUAGAUGGAAAAAUGUUUUUUAAAUACAAUCAGCCCAUAUUCCCCCUCUCUACUUAACAGUGGUAAAGGGUUAUGAUCUGAGCUUGGUCUGCAGUUACCUUGAACCAUCCACUAAUCUCUUCAAUGCUGCAAAGAACGGGCAAAAAUUCCUCCUCUGAUACAAAGUUAUUCACUUAACUACUGCUUCAUCUAAUUGCUACAAAAUAUGUUAUACAUAAUGACUCCAAAAAAAGUCCCAAGUGUCAAUUUCCUAAUAGCUGGAGCUCCAGCUGGAGGUAAAUUUUUACACUGCACCAUAUAUUACAGUAAAUACAGGUUUAACUUAAUAUGUGUUUUUGUCCAGUCUGUAACAGAGCUGCAAUCAUUCUCUCAGCAGAACUCAUUACUCUUUCUUGUUAUCCUCUCUUCAUCCGCUCUUUAUCCCCUCUUCUUAUCCUUUUUCUUUGGUCAGGAAGCAGAAUCCACAUCAAUGCGCUUCUAGUGAGAAGGGGGAUGAAGACCUGGAUGAAAGUACAAAGGAUGGAGAUAGAAGAACAGGGCGGAGAAAACUUCAAGGAGGAGCCUGCAGACACACCGACAUGCGUCCAAACGGAGGCUGAGACACAACUUAGAUUGUGUGAAGUUGAACCUUUGAGACUUGCCGGUCCGUUUGGGGAUGCUACAGGAACGCCGGGUCAGAGACUGAGCGGUGACCAUAGGAGCAGGCGCCCAUCCGCUGACUCUGCAAAGGAGCUGCACCAAAGGAUCUGCAACCAACCCCCUCCACCCACAGGGAAAGGAAAUGAAAAUGUGGAAAAGAAGAGGUCAGAAGAAAUCCAUGUUUUUGUCUUCAUUACUGGUGUGCUGCAUGUUUGCCAGUGCCGAGUACUCCAGCUGUGGGGAAUAUGAGUUCUUCAACCAGACCAGUAACAGUUGCCAAGCUUGCCCUCAAUGCCGGCCAGGACAAGAACCAAACAUGUCCUGUGGACACGGUAUGAAAGACGAAGGCUUUGCCUGUGUGCCAUGCCCCCAGGGAAAAUACUCCAAAGGGAAGUAUGAGAUAUGCAGACGCCAUAAAGACUGCAAUGCUCUCUACAAAGCUACAGUACGUGAACCUGGAACGGCUGAAAAAGAUGCAGAGUGUGGACCCUGUUUGCCUGGGUAUUAUAUGCUGGAAAACAGGGCCAGAAAUCUUUAUGCAAUGGUUUGCCACUCCUGCCAGAAUGCGCCACUUAAUACCAAAGAGUGCAAGAAGACCACUGAAGCAAUAAUAAAACCCCCUAUCAACCCUGGCAGCACAACAGUCCUCCCUCAUCCAGGUUCUCCAGGACAGGGUCAUCUUGCAACAGCUCUUAUCAUUGCCAUGUCAACCAUCUUCAUCAUGGCCAUAGCCAUUGUGCUCAUCAUCAUGUUUUACAUCCUGAAAGCCAAACCUAAUGGCCAGGCAUGUUGUUCUGGACAAGUUGUGAAAGCAGUGGAGGCUCAGACAAACAAACUGGAGGACAAGAAAGAUGUCCCUGACAAUGUGGUAAUCUUCCCAGAAAAAGAAGAAUACGACAAAUUAAAAGCCUCUCCUCAGAAGACAGUAAAAAGUGAAAAUGAUGCAUCAUCAGAAAAUGAGCAGCUGCUCAGCCGCAGCAUUGACAGUGACGAGGAGCCGACAUCGGAUAAACUGAGAUCGUCAGAGGCCACCAACCACAACUUGUGUCAAGCUAACGUGGGUUACAAGCCCGACCUCUGCCUGCUCUCUCUGGGCCUCCUGGACCACCGAGUGGUCUGCAAUGGCACCCCAGCCUCUGCAGGCAGCCAGGCAAACAACACCCAGGCUCCCAACCACAUCACCAGCAGCAACGUCAGCAGCAUGAACGCAAUCAAUAACAACAAUAAAACCCCCGGGAUGCUGCAGAGUCGAAGGAAAAAAAUCCUAGACUUGUAUGCCAGGACUUGCCAUGUGACUGAGGGUCUCAGCCCCACGGAGCUUCCCUUUGACUGCCUGGAGAAGGCCAGCCGCAUGCUAAGCUCCUCCUACAGCAGUGAUGCAGCUGUGGUCAAAACCUGGAGACAUCUGGCAGAGAGUUUCGGCCUGAAGCGUGACGAGAUUGGUGGCAUGAGCGACGGCCUUCAGCUAUUUGAGAGAGUGAGCACCGCAGGCUACAGCAUCCCAGACCUCCUUGCCCGCCUGGUGCAGAUUGAGAGGCUGGAUGCAGUGGAGUCCCUCUGUGCAGAUGUGCUCGGAAGCAAUGAGAUAGUGGCGCUGGUUGGACGGCAGAGCGUCAACAGUUUCCACAGCCAGUUAGUCUGUCCUUCCCCGUGUACGUCUCCAUCCCCGCGCUGUGCCAGUGUCUAAAUAUUUGGUGGAGCAGAGACUUCAAAGACUUGAAUUGGAUGAACAGUAUCCCACCACAUGAAGAAUGUUGCUCUCCACAAUUCCCUUUUCUUUCAAGAAGUUAAUGGACCAAAAUGUUUUUUUUUAAUUUUUUUUAUUUUUUUAAUCCAAGCGCUGCAGGAUUCAGAGGUUGAAAAGUACCAAAGCUUUAAAUUCAAACUACUCUAGUUUGCUAUUUUAGCUAUAUUUUAUAUAGAGGAGUUACUACUUAGUUUUUGUUUUCUACCACCAGCAUGUUAUUUUCUUCAAAUGAUGUGGAAUUUAAAAGAAAUGUGAGCUGUGUUUUGGACACAUGAACAAGUUAUAUAAACUUUUGUUUACUCUUAAAAAAAAUCAGUACUAAGUUAAGUGAAGGUUACAAGACUAUGGACACAGUGGACAUUAUAAUUGGAUCUGUCACUGGGUCUUCUCACGUUGGAUUGCCACCAAACCGUAUGUUUCAUCUUUCAGUCUCUGAAACCAGAUCUUAGUGUCUGUGCAAAAAAAGGAGGAUCUGAUCCAACCACAGUAUUAGUUAACAUUAAUAACGGUGUCUUUGACUAUGUUGUCAUCACAGAGAAAAGACAGUAGGAAUAAGCCCCCCACUUGUAAUUCAACCAUCAUGGCCACAUGGAAAUGCUAAAACAUCUUUUGGGUCAGCUUUCAUCGGGUAAACCCGCCUGUAAACUUUGGACCUUCAUCAAAGUUUUUAUGCCUUUGGCUGAAUCCUUAAAAAGACAAGAACAUUUGAGAAUAUUUCUCGUUUUGAAGGAACUGCAAAGUUAUUUGUGAGCGCUUGGUAAAAUAACAAGCUAAAGUUUAUCACUUGAUCAGCAUAUGUAAUGUACAGCAACGUGUGAAAAUAUGGAUGAUAUUCACUUGCAGUAAGUGAACAAGUUCCAAACCCUAUCUAAAAACAACAAAAAAACUAAGUAUUAUUUUUAUAAUGUGUGUUUUAUGUCUAAUCUUUAACAGUGAUGGAUGAACCCAAUGUUCUCUUUGCGUGCUGCCUGAAACCACACUCCACAGUCCAUAAGUUUAACAGACACUCUCUAACUCACCAGUAACCAUGUUGGUGACCCUCUGAAUGCUGCUUACACAAACCAUUCCACAUCAAGCUUGCCAGUCAUUCCCCCUACACCUCAAUCUCUGGGGCAGUGCUGCCGCCAGCUAUAAUUAUUGGGCGUGUGGCUCCCCAUUAGCCUAAUAGGCUAUAGUGCUGUGGUUUAUGGAAUGGGUGGUAAGUGCCUGUGAUUUCCAGCACCUUAUUAAGCAUUUAGGGCCACUUAACCGCUGAAAGCCCAGUGGAAAUGCUAUAAAACCCUUACUGCGUUAAAAUGAGCAGUGCCAGGACAGGAAAGUGACUAACGGCCUCAAGGGUUGCUGAACUGUGAAGACUGAGGUAGCACCAGCAGCUUUUGUGGUCAACUCAGUAAUGCUCUGAGAGGACUUAAGUUUCCCUCUCCCUAACAAACAAAACCUGAUUGUUCUACCCAAAGUUCUAAAAAAAAACAGCUGAAGUCAGUUAGGCGUUGUGUGCAUGGCUUAGAAAAUUUGGCUCUAAGACAAAGACGUUUAUCUGAGCCAUAUUUUCACAGAAAAUAAAUGCAUGUGCUAUUUUGGUUUGAAAGAUGUUUAUAUAGAGAUGAUAAAAUCAUCUGGUCUAUAAAAAACUUAAAAUGAGGUACUGGUGUGAGCAAACUCUAAAAAACAACAUGUUGUAUACAUUACUAUGAUAUUAAUUGGCACAGCUAAAAUGCCUAAACAAAAACUGUGAAGGACAGAGUGCUGUCUUGCAACUUUCACUGAAAUUAAAGGGUAAGUUGCAUCCAGAUGUUACUGAUUAAAACCUAAAUAGCUGCAAGAGUGAGCAGCGCUUACUGCUGAUAAUUUGGCAGCCGGCUAGAGCUGUGUGAUACAAUGACAAGGGGUGACACUAACAUAAAGGCUGAGAGGACGCCGUUAGUGCCCAUCAUCCUGAGAAGAAUCAAAGACAUCUGAGAGAAAUUUCUGCUUUCAUCCGUCUAUAAAAGUAAUCAAAUCUCGAAAUGUACAUGCAGAGUUGUUCACACACAGAACUUUACAUCAUUUUUAGAUUUUGAAAGGACCAGAUGAUUUUGUUCUUAGGUACAAUUUAAUGAUGUGUUUUUACACAACUAAUUAACCAAAUCUGUUAGUAUCUCCAGCUACUAAGCCUCAAGUUUUGUGGGAAGCUUUACCAUUUCAUUGACUGUGUAGAAAUGCUUUUCUUUUUAAGUUGAUGGAUGCUACUACAAUAUCAUACCAUGAACCCUCUGCAGAAAUAUUUUUCUUUAUUGCUGUUUUUUUCUCCCAAUUCCAACCUGGGGCUGGUCUCCAGCUCUCAUGUUUAUUAGGUACAUAAUUUGGUGUUAGGUCACAAACCCUGUUUGUAAAAUAUUGUAGACAAUUCAUUCAAAAAAAAAUUGAAGUCCCUAAAGGGAGAUAGAAGUACUUUCUGGGUUCUGGUGCACAGAAGAAACCAGUUCUAUUAAUUUUUUUUACUUAUAUGCUCCUUUAGGGGCUAAAAAUACCAAGAAAACCCUUUUUUUUUUGUAUAAACACAAACUGGUGAAGUGAGCUGAUAUCUUAUGAGAUGUGCAAAAUUUGGUCUGACAUUUAUGAUGCUAUGGAACUAUACCCAUGCUAAACAUGAAUUACUUACCUCAAUAACACAUAUAGUCCAACUGUUGAAACACACAAAAAAUUACAUAGUGUAACUGUAUAUAUAAGUUAUUUUUUAUAUAAAGUGUUCUUCAAUAAAGAUGUAUGGUCUAAGUUUUA